AUGAACUCUUCCAACGAUUUAUAUCCCGGUUUUAGUGACGAGGACAUCAAAUUUUGGACUGAAAUUGACGAACUCCUUGCGGUAUUGAGCAUUCUAUUUAACAUGCUCAGUUUUCUUAUUUCUAUAAUUGGAAUUUUACCAACUAUUUUUCAUAUUAUAGUUCUCAGCAGAAAAUCAAUGAGAACUUUAACGAUUAAUGCUUUUCUAUUAGGAAUUGGAAUCUGUGAUCUUGCUCGGAUGAUGUUUAUUAUUAUGGUUCUGGGGCCGCUAUAUACCGAACAUUUCAGCCAUUUGGAGCAUCCUGAGUGUAUGUCUCCAAAUUAUUAUUCCACAAUACUAUUCGCCUUAAUCAGCGGUUUCACUGGAAAGUUGGUGGAAUAUUUAUCCAUUUGGCUGGCGGUCGCAAUGGCAAUUAUCAGAAGCCUUGUUAUUAAAUAUCCGUUGAAUAGUAGAAUCAGUGACUUAAUUGAAUCAAAAUAUGGAAUACGAGUUUUGUUUCUUAUCACUCUACCAAUAAUCAUUUUAUCAAUUCCAAAAUACUUUCGUUAUUCAAUUCAACCUUUCGGAUCUCUCUGGGUCCCACCACAAAACUGCACCGAUUUUCCGAAAAACUACUUUCAAAUCCAAUAUACCUACGUAGAAACUCAUAUUUUCGAAAAAUCAACAGACUUUUUGACUGGAAUGGAAGGAGUGCUAUACGUUAUAAUACCAUCUAUUCUUCUGCCAAUUUCUACAUUAAUAUUGAUUUUUCAAUUGAGAAUAUCGCGGAAAAAGUCAGAAGCAUUGAGACACACAAGUAACAGCGGAGGGGAUCGUACCACCAAACUCGUGACAUUUAUGACAAUUUCAUUCACAAUUUCCACAGCUCCAUUUGGUAUUCUACACUUGGUGAAAGUUAUUGUUUCUGAAGCAAUAGGGUCUGAAGGAAUGAAUUUAAUAGUCGAUCGAAUUGCCUCACUAUUCCCUCUUAUUAUCACAAUCAACGGCGCCAUUCAUUUCUUUCUUUGCUACUUUUUAUCAUCACAAUAUCGGGACGCUGUUCGUGAAAUGUUUGGAAGAAAUAAAAAGAGUAAAAACUCAAUUUCACUUCAACAUCCUGCCAUGAGUACUGUGUCCACUUUUGUGAAAGUUGAAUAAAUUUGUAUUUGAGUA